CUCUCACUAAGCGCAGCAGGCCUAUGAAUGUCUCACUACAACGCUUUGAAGCGUGUUACUAGAACUUACCGAAGUCUACCGUUGCUUCAUUAUUUUUUGUAGCACAAAAGGAACGCUUACCAUCCUUGUCCUCUUGCAUGAUGGACCCUUUCGAAGGGCGAUUGACGUUUCUGCAGCUAUUGAGACGCCUCAGCGCGUCGCAGCUGUCGCAACUAAAGCCGGCUCAAUUUGCUGUGAGACAUAGAGAGUUGGAGGAGGAUUUGUACUCGUGUAUACGAGAGGCAAUGGAGUCAGGGACAUUUAACAUGCGUGUAAACAUCAUGUACUUUCUCGAGACAUUGUGUGAUAUGUGUCGGCAAAACAAUAUUGAAGGCAGUUAUGUUGAGAUGAUCGGUCGUGACAUUGCAAAACUGGUCGGGAGCGUAGUACCACCGGGUCAGGUUGGAGCAGCAAAUGCUCCAGAGGUGCGUAAAGUGCUAGAGUCCAUGCAUACAAAGCGUCUAUUGUCGGAUGAGCAGUGGGAGGAAGCAAACGCUGUUCUGCAGAAAAACGCUGCCGCACAAAUCCAAGACGGGGAUAGCGUUGAAAAGACAGCAGUAUUCUCGCGCGAAGACAUUCUCCGUCGAAUGGAAGAGGACCGCGAACGUCAUAAGCGUCUUCGAGAAACGUUUUGGGCAGUUGACAGUCCGGAAGAGGAAUGGCAGCAAACUUGGGCAUCCCUUCCUGCACUUAAUGAUCAUGACCUUGAGAAAAUUCGUGAUGAGUAUGCAAAAUACAAAAGCUGUACACAGUAAAAGGAUUGAUUUUCAUAGCGACGGGGAGAAUCGUUCUAUUGGUCAACAACAGAUCAUAUACUCCUGAUACAAUGGAGUUACCAGUGAACACAACUUGAAAAACGAGACGGGAUGCGUGAUAGAUGGGCUUAAGAGACACUCAUGUACCAAAGUUUUAUCAUAGCUAAAUGUGUAGCCUACUCCAGCGUCACUUUGCAACCUAAGCCUUCCAGUUUGGACUUGACUGCAUCAGCGUCUUCUUUUAAGACGUUCUCCUUCAGCACCUUCGGUGCUGCCUCGACCGUCUUUUUGGCCUCCACAAGUGUUAGACCCAGCAUGGCCUUGACCUCUUUAAUAACCUUGGCUUUAGAACCGGCGUCAAAUGAGUCUAACCGAACAGUCCAAGAUGUUUUCUCCUCUGCAGCCUCCUUUUUUGCCGGUUCCUCGGCGCCAGCAUCCGUUGCAGAUACUGCAGAUGGAUUGAAGGCUAUUGGAGCUACGUCCUGGAUAUUGAGUUUUGUUUUCAGUUGGUCGACAAGCUGAGAAGUUUCCAACAGUGUAAGUUUACUGAUAUCUUCAACAAGCUUUUCGAUCUUUGUGUUCUCUUGUUGAAACAAACAAAGAGAAGUACUGAAAGUGCGAAUUGUCGUUGAACGAGCUGCUGCUAUAAUUCUUGUCUGCGUUUUGGCGGCAGUCCUCCAAGACCUACUAGACGUUAGCACAGGAUUGCAAUAAAACAAGAACAAUCUGUCUAAUGAUGUCGCAUGUUACGAACAAUAUCCAUACAUGAGUUUUAAGUAGGAUCUCAACAUGUUUUUUUUAGUGUGUGGGACAACAAUAACGAGAAAUCGAUUUCAAUAACCAAUUUCGCUUCUUUG